AUGUACAACAACAUAGUCGAGUAUCAACCUACAUUGCCGAGGAGACGAGCAUACAUAGAAAGAAACCGCGAGGAAGGACACAACCGUUUAUGGAAAGACUAUUUCAGUGCGGAGCCGACAUAUCCACCUCACUAUUUUAGGCGCCGCUUCCGAAUGAACCGGGCAUUAUUCACGGGGAUUGUUAAUCGCCUCUCCAAUGAAAUUCCUUAUUUUCAACAUAGAAGAGAUGCAGUAGGACGGUAUGGGCUAUAUCCACUACAAAAAUGUACUGCAUCGAUUCAUAUGUUGGCUUAUGGUUGUGCAGGUGACAUGGUUGAUGAAUAUCUCCGCAUGGGUGAGACCACUGCCUUAUUGUGUUUGGAAAAAUUUACUCAAGAAAUCAUACAUUUAUAUGGAGAGGAGUAUCUACGAAGACCUACACCAGAGGAUCUUCAACGACUACUUGAUAUCAGAGAGGUACGCGGUUUUCCUGGGAUGAUAGGAAGCAUUGACUGUAUGCAUUGGGAGUGGAAAUAUUGUCCACACUCUUGGAAAGGACAGUACUGUCGUGGUUCUGGCAAGCCGACAAUUGUCCUAGAGGCUGUAGCACCGCAAGAUCUGUGGAUAUGGCACGCGUUUUUUGGACCACCAGGUACCUUGAACGAUAUUAAUGUCCUUGAUCGGUCUCCGAUUUUUGAUGACAUUUUACAAGGUCGAGCUCCAAGAGUUGAGUUCAUCGUCAACGGUCACAAAUACCAUAGGGCAUACUACCUCACCGACGGUAUAUAUCCAAAGUGGCCUACCUUUAUCCAAUCCAUCUCUAUUCCUCAAGGUCCUAAGGCGGAGUUAUUUGCAGAACGUCAAGAAGCCGCCAGAAAAGAUGUCGAGCGGGCUUUCGGAGUCUUGCAAGCUCGUUUUGCAAUUGUUAGAAACCCAGCUCUUCUUUGGGACAAGGAAAAAAUCAGCAACAUUAUCAGAGCAUGUAUCAUACUACACAAUAUGAUAGUGGAAGACGAACGCGAUGGAUACACUCAAUUUGAUACAUCUAUAUUCGUAGAAGGAGAAACAAACAGAAGUCCAGAGGUGGAUUUCUCGUUCUCUACAAACAUGCCUACGAAUCUCGGUAAUAUGCUUGCCAUUCGGAGUGAACUUCGCGACCAAAGGAUACAUGAACGAUUGAAGACCGAUUUAAUUGAGAAUUUAUUUGCAAAAUUUGGUCAUCAACAAUCAUAA